AUGAGGGUGAAUGAAAAAGGACCAUCUCUUAGAAAAUUACAUCCACUUUCUGAAAAUUCACUAUCAUGGCCCACUUGUGAUACUACUUGUGGUCGCGGUGGCUACGAUAUUUUUGUUGAGAAUUGGACUUGGAGCGGCAUGUUCAAAGAUGGUGAAGUGUUGCAGAAGCCAAUUAUUGAAAAUGAUCUGUAG